AAGGUAUUUCAGGAAAAGGAGCGGCCGAGAAAUGUCGGCGGGGCCGGUUCUUGUCGCCGGCUGUUGAGGAAGACAUUACAGCAGAGAGCGAUAGAGAGGGGAAGUUUCUUGUUUCUUCAGUUUCAGCAGCGACCACCCAAAACCCAAGGAUAAGGUGCAGUAACGGGUAACGCCCGCUGCUGCCCAGCCGUUAAAAAAGUGGAUGGGGAACUCCCACGGCCACCACCGCAGGCACCAUAACGGCGGCGGCGGGCAACCUCCCUAUCCCUGUCCUCCACCAGCCCAUAUGCCCCGACCAGAAGAUCAGGCCCCUGCGAGCGCCGGCGCUUCGAAUAUGGCAACUUCGCUGCCCUAUGCUCACGUCGACUCCGCCUUGCGCUCCCUCGCCGGCCAAGCUGAAGGGUUUGGCCGCUUUGCUGUCGGUGGCUUCCAUGGAGCCCUUCAUUGCGUCACCACUUUAGCAGAUGAUGGGCCAGGAUCUUUGAGAGAAGCAUGCAGGAAGAAAGAGCCGUUGUGGAUUGUUUUCGAGUUAUCAGGCACCAUUCAUCUCAAUUCUUACUUGAACGUCUCUUCCUAUAAGACCAUCGAUGGCCGAGGCCAGAGAAUCAAGCUUACAGGGAAAGGCUUGAGGCUUAAAGAAUGUGAGCAUGUGAUUGUGUGCAAUCUUGAGUUUGAAGGAGGGAGGGGCCCCGAUGUUGAUGGCAUUCAGAUAAAACCCAAGUCGAAGCACAUAUGGAUCGACCGUUGCAGCCUUAGUGAUUAUGAUGACGGGCUGAUAGACAUCACGCGAGAGAGCACAGACAUCACCAUUUCCAGGUGUCACUUUUCCCGGCAUGAUAAGACCAUGCUUAUCGGAGCAGACCCAUCUAAUGUUGGCGAUCGAUGUAUGCGAGUCACAAUCCACCACUGUUUCUUCGAUGGAACGCGGCAAAGGCAUCCUCGUGUUAGAUAUGGGAAAGUGCAUUUGUACAACAAUUACACCAGAGGCUGGGGCAUCUAUGCUGUUUGCGCAAGUGUGGAAUCACAGAUAUACUCCCAAUGCAACAUAUACGAAGCAGGACAGAAGAAGGUUGCAUUUAAGUACCUCACUGAGAAGGCAACUGAUAGGGAGGAAGCCAGCUCGGGCCACAUAAGAUCUGAAGGAGACGUGUUCAUAAAUGGAACUCAAGCCGGGUUAAUGGCCAUGGGCGACGAAUUAUGCAUCUUCCAUCCCAGCGAAUUCUACCCGACUUGGACUGUGGUGCCCGCGACAGAAACUCUUAAGCAGCUUCUCCAUCGAUUUACAGGGUGGCAACCUGUUGCGCUGCCAGUUGAUCAGCCGAUUGCUGUGCAGUGAUGUUCAUAUACAGCCACAUACAUACAAGAACGCUGAAACUUCUCCAUCUGCAAUUACAUUCCUACUGUACUUUAAAGUAGAUAUGGAUGAAUAAAGAGGCUUUGCUGUAACAUGAUCUAUUUCGGUUCACCUGUAAGUUAAUCUUCAAUAAGGUGAUUUCUGUAAUGCAAUAACUCUAUGUGUCUAAACUACAAGAUACGAUGAAUGGUCUGAUCUAUUAAUGGGAUCGCAACCUUCUCCAUUAUGAAUGUUAUGUCAGUUAUUCACUGGCGUAUACUAUCGUUCC